GAAGUGCCGUCCUCGCGCUCCCUACCUUGAUGCAGCGGGGCUCAGGUCGGUCCGCGAGCUGACGGCAAGAACUGGGAUCGAACCUACUCCUGUGACGUCACCAUGGCUGCUCAGGCUCUGGUUCUGUACGACUUCACAGCAGAGCCAGGAAACAACGAGCUGUCGGUGAGAGAGGGGGAGACCAUCACUGUGACAGACCAGACUGUGGGUGGAGGCUGGAUCCAGGCCCAGAACUCCAACGGACAAACCGGACUCGUACCUGAGGGAUAUUUACAGAUCAGAAACACUGGUGGUGUUGGAGGAGGCGGGGACCCGGGAUACAAUCCCGCGCAGCACGCUGUUCAGGAUGAUGACGGUGAGUGGGACGACGAAUGGGAUGACCAGUCGGUGAGCAGUUACCAUGACAACAAUCAACCAGAAGGGGAGGCCGGAGCCUCGGGACGAAGCGCCCAUGGGCCCAGUGUUAAGAUCUCCCUCAAUAAGUUCUCGUUCUCCAAAGGUCCGAGUCCAGAAGUCUUCAUGUUGGCCCGACCUCCGGCUGACAGCAGAGAGAGACUUCCUGUCUACAUGGGAGAAGUAGGCCCCGUCUGGCUGUACCCGACGUCUCCUCUGGACUGUGUGAUUGCUGAUCCAAAGAAAGAGUCCAAAAUGUACGGACUGAAGAGCUUCAUCGAGUACCAGAUAACACCCAACACGACCAACAGACCUGUCAAUCAUCGCUACAAGCACUUUGAUUGGCUGUAUGAGCGUCUGCUGGAGAAGUUUGGGUCCAUAUUGCCCAUCCCCUCACUGCCUGACAAACAGGUGACAGGCAGGUUUGAUGAUGACUUCAUUAGGAUGAGGAUGGAGGGUCUGCAGGCCUGGAUGACUCGGAUGUGUCGGCACCCCAUCGUCUCUCAGAGCGAAGUGUUUCAGCUCUUCCUCACCCACAGAGAUGAGAAGGAGUGGAAGACGGGGAAGAGGAAGGCAGAGAAAGACGAGACGGUGGGUCCGAUGAUGUUCAGUUUGGUUGAACCUGAAGCCGCAGAGCUCGAUGUCGUUCAGGUUGAACAGAGGUGUGAACACUACAGCCGCUUUACAAAGUCCAUGGAUGAUGGCGUCAGAGAGCUACUGAGCGUCGGGCACGCGCACUGGAAACGCUGCACCGGACCGCUUCCUAAAGAGUACGAGCACAUUGGCCGAGCCUUCAGAAACCUGUCGACUGUUUUCAUCACCAGCAAAUAUCCAGGUGAGGCGACCUUGACCGAUGCUCUGACGGCUGCUGGAAAAACCUACGAGGAGAUCGCUGAGAUUGUCGCCCAGCAGCCUCAGAAGGACCUCCACUUCCUGUUGGAGACUAACAGCGAAUACAAAGGGCUGCUGGGAUGUUUCCCAGACAUCAUCGCUGUACACAAGGCUGCUGUAGAUAAAGUGAAGGAAGGCGAUCGUUUGGUUUCUGCAGGAAAAAUGAACAACAGCGACAGGAAGUGCAUGAACCAGCGGCUCAGCUGCAUGAGCUACGCCCUGCAGGCUGAGAUGAAUCAUUUCCAUAGCAACCGUAUCUACGACUACAACCGAGUGAUGCAGCUUUACCUGGAGCAGCAGGUCACCUUCUACCAGCAGAUCGCCGAUAAGCUGAGAGAAGCUCUGAGCCAGUUCACCACGCUGUGAGGACGACAAGGCCACCGUGUGAUGUCACGGGUGACAUCACAGCCUGAGUCACUGUUAACAAAAUAAAAGCCUCGUAAUCUUUAUAAUGUAAAUGUUGAUAUGAUAAUGAUUAAUGAUGAGUUUCCUUCUUUUUCUGCUUUAUUUAAAAACUUUUUUAACAGCUGAUUUUACACGUUUAAUAAAACUUUCUACGCCUA